AUGGAUCGCAUGUUUAAACUACCACUCGGCGCGCUCCUGCUGCUUUCAUGCGCCCUCAAUGCCUCGGCGCACGGCGGCGCUGAACAUGCGCAAGUCGAAGUCGCAGCAGAUGCCGACUGGGCGACGCGACACAUGGCUGAGGAGCAUCACAUCGCGGGCUACGACGCAACCACCUUCUUCAACAUGCACGACUACGACAGUACCGGUCUAUGGACUACCGUCGACAUCCGCCGAACCUACGGUCUCGAAGACCCCUCCAGCGCCUCCAUCUCCGAAAUCAAGAAGCAAAUGGUCGUCCAGACUAUUCUAGACAUGUUCGAUAUCAACAAGGACGGCUCCAUCACCUUGGCUGAAUUCCUGCAAAAGGAUUCCGACAAUGUCAAGCUGCCGGACUUUGGCAUGGGCCCAGGGCACCACGGUGACGACGAGUACGAGUACGAGAUCCAUCAUUGGGAGAAGUACCACAGCGGCGACGAUGUGAAGGAGGAGGACUUGAACCACCCAGAGGACAUUGCGCAUUUCAAGAUGCAUGAGGAGAAGGAGGCGGCACAAGAGGAGUGGGAGAGGCUCGAGCUCAGAGGCGUCGUGGAGAAGAACAUUCCCCAGAAAUACAGGCGGAAUUGA